AUGGCGUCCGAUCCUGAGCAGCCCCGGCUUUCUUCUCUCCAAAAGGGGGGUUCUUCAGGUGAGCUUGGCGAUGCACAGGAGCCUCUUCUUAAUGGGGUUCACAAUUCAGAAAACUAUUCUGUUCUUGCCGCGAUACUACCGUUUCUAUUCCCAGCUCUUGGAGGACUACUUUACGGUUAUGAUAUCGGUGCCACCAGUUGUGCCACAAUCUCCGUAGAGUCACCCACAUCAAGUGGAAUAUCAUGGUACAACUUGUCGUCUGUGGAAAUUGGUCUCAUAACUAGUGGCUCAUUAUAUGGUGCCUUGAUUGGAUCUGUGCUGGCCUUUAAUGUUGCCGACUUUUUAGGAAGAAGGAGGGAGUUGAUUUUGGCUGCUAUAUUUUAUCUUCUUGGAGCUCUAGUAACCGCAUUAGCACCUGACUUGCCUGUUAUGGUGAUUGGGCGCUUUGUAUUUGGUAUAGGAAUUGGACUGGCAAUGCAUGCUGCUCCGAUGUAUAUUGCUGAGACAGCUCCAAGUGAGAUACGAGGUCGACUGAUAUCUCUUAAAGAGUUCUUUAUAGUACUUGGGAUGGUUGGAGGGUACGGAAUUGGUAGCCUUUUAGUUGACACAGUUGCUGGUUGGCGCUAUAUGUACGCAGCGGCUAUCCCUUUGGCAGUAAUUAUGGGAAUUGGAAUGUGGUGGCUACCAGCAUCACCUAGAUGGAUCCUUCUGCGUGCCAUACAGGGAAGAGGAAAUAUGCAUGAGUUAAAAGAGACUGCAAUCUCUUGCUUGUGCCGGCUUAGGGGUACAUCUAUUGGUGAUUCAGCUCCUGCACAAGUGGAUGAGAUGCUGGCUGAGCUUUCUUAUGUUGGUGAAGAGAAAGAAGCUUCAUUAGGCGAGAUGUUUCAUGGAAAAUGUGCGAAAGCCCUUGUGAUUGGUGCAGGAUUAGUGUUGUUCCAACAGAUUACAGGGCAACCAAGUGUGCUGUAUUAUGCUGCAUCGAUUUUUCAGAGUGCAGGAUUCUCUGAAGCAUCUGAUGCAACACGGGUCUCAAUUUUACUUGGUGUUUUCAAGUUGAUAAUGACUGGAGCCGCUGUUCUUGUUGUUGAUAGACUUGGGAGGAGACCUCUACUACUUGGAGGUGUUUCGGGGAUGGUCAUCUCUUUAUUCCUUUUGGGAUCAUAUUACCUUUUCUUUGAUAAUGCCCCAGUUACCGCUGUAGUUGCACUGCUGUUGUAUGUUGGGUGUUAUCAGUUAUCGUUUGGUCCCAUUGGUUGGCUAAUGAUAUCAGAAAUUUUCCCCUUACGAUUAAGAGGGCGAGGACUCAGUAUAGCAGUGCUUGUGAAUUUUGCUGCAAAUGCGCUGGUGACAUUUGCAUUUUCCCCUCUCAAGGUAUUGCUGGGAGCUGGAAUUUUGUUUUAUGUAUUUGGAGCAAUAGCUGUGGCAUCUCUUGUGUUCAUUUUCUUCAUUGUCCCAGAGACAAAGGGGCUUACACUUGAGGAAAUUGAGGCCAAGUGCCUUUAG